CGAUGUUUCUUGUUGUUCACAAUUGAGACAGCUGCAGAGCUCAACCUUCCCGGAUACUCUCUGCAACCCGGCCGUGAUACAUUAACGCAUGUGUUACACCAGAAAAUAAUACUAGCUGGCUGCCCGUUACAGCCAUUCAAUCAAUUCAGCAUGGCUCUCCUUUCCUCCAAGACCUUGAUCCAGGCACAUGCCUUGUUCCUGUUUGUGCUGGCCGUGUACCUGACUAGGUCACCAGAGGUCGUGACCGAGUCUGACCUCGUCUUCAUGCUGGGGGAGUUCUUGAAUCUGGAGGCAACCCCUAGUAUCUCCCGACCUCAAUCCCCUUUCGCCCUAUGUGGUGUCCUCCUCGUCGUCGAUGCCCUGGUCGACCUCAUUCUUGUGACCAAGGUCCCGCAAAUUAACGAGAUCCUGGCCAUGGCUCAAGCCGCUAGAGUGCAAUCCCCUAUACCAGUGGCAGGGGCUGUACGCACGAACCCCUUCAUGGCACGCUUGACCUCGCUUUACUCGGAGAUCUGGACCCUCCUUUCCGCCGCUCGUUUCUGUAUCUUCUUUGCUGUUUCCUUUUUCAUAUACCAGAGUCAACCAUCGGCGUGGGGAAUGGACGCCACUACCGGAAUGGGGAACUACGGCACUGCCGGUGCCGCUACAUCGGGUCUGGAUCAGCUGAAAAACAGGGUGGUAUUCACAUAUGGCUUUAUGGAAAUGAUGUUUUGGUUAUGGAUCUUCAUCACCCUCAGGGAAGAGCGACAGGAAGCAGCUAACCGGUUCGUGGAACAGGACCGGUAGACGAAUUCAUGCAGUCGGCAUGACCGUCGCACUACUGAGUAUACAUCUCUAUUUGUAGGCAAUACAGUGACCUCUGCGGCAAAAGACACUGUGACCUUUGAUUCCGACCCUAUCAUACAAACUAAUAAGCAUAUUACAGUUAAGUGCGCUGGUCCAGUUCAAUUUAGCCAGCCUUCGUGAAAGGCGACUAUUUGUAGGACACUAUUCUGCCGCCCUGAACAUAGGACAGAACCACUUUUGCUCUCAAUGAUCAUCACUCGUAGCACCAUCAGGUGACCCG